CAGUCAGACCAUUUUCAUCCCCCUUUGUGAUGUGUACUCAUGACUGUGACUGCAUCCCUUGAGAAAGACGGAGCUUAACAAGACGGCGAGCGUGUGUUGAGUUGUGUGUUGAGUAGACCUGUGUGUGAGGAUGAUCAACAUGAUGCGGUGGUGGGCCCUUCUCACCGCUGCUUACCUGUCCAUCUACCUGGCGGCCACUCAGCACCACAGGAAAGCUCUGUAUCCAUCUGCGUAUAGAAUAAAGCGUGGGACAUAUUCGCUGAUCAACCCCACGUUCCAGCGCUCAGAGGAGGACAUCAACCUGCUCUUUGAGAUCCUGCUGGCUGGAAUGCAGAUAGAAGGUGAAGAGCACACUAUGCUGAUCCCAGAUGAGGAAUUGGCCUCCAUGAGGAGCGUGGAGAGGCUAGAGGUCAUCUGUGAGGACAUCGUGCCCAAGAGGCUCUCCGACAUCCGCCGUCUGACAGCAGAGCUCGCCGCACGCCGGCAGCCCCUGAGCUGGCCGGACUUCGAGAGGACGGUCCUGACCCUGGUGUACACCACCCAGACACUGGCUCGAAUCAGCAACCAGCGGCAGAGGGAGGCGUGGACGGACGCAGUGAUCCAGCUGUUCAGAGCCCUUCAGAAAGACCUCAGACCCCCUUGAGGAAGAAUCAGAAGACCUCGUUUCUUUUUAAAAAGUCAUUUUUGUGGUGAUGUGUGUCAUUAUCCGGAGCCCAUUUUAACACGUGACACUGUGUGACACCACAGUUCUUGACUUAAGCCUUUUCCCAAUUUCAUGCCUAGUCUACACACUAACUGUAUACAGUAUUUACCCUUAUACUAGUUGCUACAGUAUACUGUUUUUCGGUAUACAAGAAAUGAAUGUUUGACAAAAAAACCUUAACUCAAGGUCCAUAAGCACAAGCUUUUUUUUCUUUUUUCUUAAGCUACUCUGUCCAAGAAUGAAUUUUCAUGCUCGAGAAAAAAGAAUAUGCUUUACUGUUUUGUACUAACAGGAAAUGUUGCAACAUAUGAACCGUUAGCCAAACUGCAACUCCUGAAAUGCCACUGCAGAUUAAACU